GAGUCGCCUGGAAGGCGUAUUUAAGAAACUCACGGUCACGUUGAACCCGCACAGAGACCGCAGCUCGGCACUACUGACGAUCGGGUUGUUCUGUCCUCCGGAUUCGAGGGUUACCCACGAAGCCACUGCUCGAGUGCCUUCUUAUUACGCUGCUCUAUUGCGGAAACGUGCUUGUCCUUAGCACUGCAACGCAGUUGAGAAUUCCGGCACCUUCGGAACUACCGCUCCACUGUUUUUGGAUGUGCCAACAGUAGGUGCCACUCGUUAACGUGUCCCUCAUCCCCGACUGUAAGAAAUGAUCCUGAUGGAUACGCUCCACGGUAAUGGCAUGUUCGCCAUCGAAUCACUGCAGACCAGGUUCCAGCACCAGCAUGGUCUGUUCUUCGCCAUCUCCAACUUCGGAGAUCCUCGGUACGCCUUCCUCAUCUUCGCGCCGCUCAUCUACUGUCUCGAUUGGUCGGUGGGACGCCGACUGAUGUGGGUCACCAUCAUCGCCGAGUGGUCCAACCAGCUGCUUAAAUGGAUGCUGCAUGGCGAGCGUCCUUACUGGUGGGUGCACGAAACGGAAAUGUACAACCGCACGGGCACCGGUAUGCCUGCCAUCCGCCAGUACUCGUUGACGUGCGAAACCGGGCCCGGAUCGCCUUCCGGCCACGCCAUGGUGUCGGCGGCCAUCUGGUACAUCAUCCUGGACUUUUUGCUGCGUCGCACUGGCGUCGCCCAGCAGAUGGGCAAGGCGUGGGCCUCCUCCUUCCACUGGUGUACCUACGCGGCGCUCCUGUGCAUCGUCAGCCUGUCGCGGGUCUACAUCGCAGCCCACUUCCCGCACCAGUGCCUGAUGGGCAUGGUCAUUGGCUGCUUCCUGGCCAAGUUCAUGUGCAAGCUCGACACCGACCGCGUGACUCGCUGCCAGUACAUGCUGAUCAGCGUGGGUCUCUGCGCCAGUGCGUUGUCAACUUACGGCGUUCUUCGCCUCAUGGGCGUCGACCCUCUGUGGUCCAUCGACCGGGCUGUCAAAUGGUGCGUCAAGCAGGAGUACAUACACGUCGACACCACGCCCUUCUUCAGCAUGAUGCGCUACUGCGCCUUCCCCUUUGGCAUGGGCCUCGCCAUGACUUCUGGCUUCUACCAGCGCGUCAAGUCGACCGACUUCACCUGGUGCAUGCGACUGCUGGCCGCCAUCUUGGCCGUGGGUGCAGGCAAGGCCUCCGAGUGGGUCUCGCUGCCCAACAACAACGUGCCCGUCUUCUACGCCUCGGCAUUUCUCUUCAACGCUCUUCUGGCAGCGACCAUGUUUGGCUUCGUGCCCUACGUGGUGGCGUCUUUAGCGGGAAGCCGUCGCCAGUCUUCGGGAAAGGCAAAGUUGUCGUAGGCAGGGUAGUCUGAGGGCGGCGCUGCUUGUCCUCGGCGUCCCUUUGAACAAAUUUAUUUCCCUUACCUCCCCUAGCUCCCUUAGGCAUUUUUAACAAAUUGUUGCCAAAGCGUCUCUACCUGAAACCGCGAAACAGCAAUUUCGGGAUAGGGACGAUGCGCCGUCUGCGCGCAGGGUCUGUCAUGCUGUUCUGAAACAUUGCGUUCCACUAAACAUGCCGAAUUCAAGAACACGGAGCAUGCUAAACGGUUGCACAGCCUUCCAGCUGCAGUAUGAUGUUGUUGCUUCCAUGCGCAGUACAUUCCAUCCCACUUAAUUGGCUCAAUCUUAUUUCCGCUUUUUAGAAAAUCCGACAGACCCUGUGCGAGGGCCGUGAAAAGUUCCUCGUGCUUUCAUUGACACUGUACUAUUCUUCAUCGAGCAUACAGUGCGUUUCACGGAACACACAGUCAUGAUCACCAUUUCAUCACCGUCAUAAUCCAUCUUCAACAGUUUCUGCUUUUACAUCGAACUUCAGACAGAACUUCAGAGAGAAUCAAGCAUUGAAGAAUUACAGGAUUGGCGCAAGUCAACUCAAAACUAGAUAAAUAACAGAGCAGGCAUCCUCUAGGGUGAAUUUAUAUAUUAGCGCAAUUUAAGCAUUUUUGCAGUCUUGGCUAUGGGCAUUGUCUGUUUGACUAUUUUGCUCAAGUAUAUGUUAGAAGAAAGUAGCGCCUUCAUAUACUUUGCCGAUGCGAAGACAUUGCUGAACGCUAUUGUGAGGCUUGUAGUUUAUUUUUUUUUAUCCAAGAACAUAUAUCGCGGUAAACUGGUAACGUCAGCCUGUAAUCAUGUUUACCUUGCCACCUGAACACUUUAACCUAUCAUUCCUCACGAGCAACUUCAUUGUAAUAUAUCCUCCCUGUAAAUAAUUGUACAGAUCUGAAUUAUUUGGUUGUAUGUUGUGCAGGUGAUGUUUUAGAGCGUGUGCGUUAUGUCUGGUUAGAUCUUCAUGUCAGCCACAUUGGUAAAUAAUGUGUUCAAGCGUUAUACUGUUUUCAAUGGUUUAACUUUGAGCAUGUUUAAUAAAGACAAUUUUGCACGUUUA